AUGAUGAACUUGAGCACAUCACAGGCCAAUCACCAUAGUUUCAUUCUGACAGGUAUCCCAGGGAUGCCAGACAAGAACCCAUGGAUGGCCUUUCCACUGGGAUUUCUCUACACUCUAACACUCUUGGGGAAUGGUACCAUCCUGGCAGUCAUCAAGGUGGACCAGAGUCUCCAUGAGCCCAUGUACUACUUUCUCUCUCUCUUGGCUCUGACUGAUGUUAGUCUCUCCAUGUCCACCUUGCCAACUAUGCUCAGCAUCUUCUGGUUCAAUGUCCCUGAGAUUUCCUUUGAUGCAUGCAUCACACAGAUGUUCUUUAUCCAUGGUUUAGGAGGAGUAGAAUCCGGAGUUCUAGUGUCCAUGGCCUUUGACAGAUUUGUGGCUAUCCGAGACCCACUACGCUAUGCCUCCAUCCUCACCCAUGGUGUUAUUGGAAAGAUUGGAAUAGCUGUCCUCACCCGGGCAUUCUGUGUGGUCUUCCCUGUGCCAUUCCUUAUAAAGCGACUGCCCUUCUGCCAUUCCAAUGUCUUAUCUCAUUCGUAUUGUCUUCACCAAGAUGCAAUGCGGCUAGCCUGUGCCAGCACCCGCGUCAACAGCCUCUAUGGCCUCAUCAUCGUCAUUCUCACGCUGGGGCUAGAUGCCCUUAUCAUCCUCUUUUCUUAUGUACUCAUCCUGAAGAUGGUGCUGAGCAUUGCCUCCAGAGCGGAAAGGCUCAAAGCCCUCAACACUUGUCUUUCUCACAUCUGUGCUGUGCUUCUCUUCUAUGUUCCUCUCAUUGGUGUCACCAUGAUCCACAGGUUUGGGAAACGCUUAUCACCAGUAGUGCACACACUCAUGGCCAAUGCCUACCUGCUACUUCCCCCUGUGCUGAACCCCAUUGUCUACAGUGUGAGGACCAAGCAGAUACGGAGACAGAUCAUCCAUGUGUUCCAGGGGAGAAAAAACAGGGCUUAG